CAGCAGCCGCCCGCCAGCGCCUUGCCGCUGCAUCAGGAGACGUCAGUCAAGCCCGGAAGGCUGUUGGAAUCCGCCUCCCUGCGAAAAGCUCAAGUAAAUAAUUGAUGGCGAUUGACGCGGUCCAGGACAAAGCUUUGAGGAAAGCCAGUGCAUCCGAUUUCGAGCGGUUUGGGAAUCUUCCGCCGAGUAAGGGGUAUGCGAGUGCAGCGAGGACUGUGAGCUUGGCUACCGGUCUUCCAUCGCGGGCGUGGCUCUGGCCUUUUUGUCUUCUUGCCGCCCGCCCCUCCGCCUCCGCACUCCGCCUUCUUCUCUUCCCUUUUGAAAGUAGCCUCUCUUUGGUUACUUCUACGCAGUCCUCCCUUGCAAUCCCGCCCCCUCCCCUGCCCAGUCCGGUGAGGCCAGCUCACGAAUAUCAGUGCACUUCCCGGGGAGCGUCUGGCACGGCUUGGUACCUUGCGUGUUCGCCUGCUCAGAGCCGCAUCUCCAGCCCAGCCGCGGGCCGCCAAGGAGUAAUCCGUUCUUCCGGCCGUUGAGCCUCCACGUUAACGCCAUUGUUUGGAGAAACAGAGUGGGUGUGGAACUGGGGCGAACCGGUCCAAAGUCAAAAGUGCUCAGCCAGAUAGUCGCAUAUAUAAAACUACGAAGUUAAACUCUCCUCGUCUCCGAAAAGACACAGUAAGAACCCUGAGGUCCCCGGAAGAUCAGAAGGAAAGCGCUGUUGAUUUGCUCCAGCCUCAAAACAUCGCCUCUGCCAAGAAAUUAGAAAGGAAGGUUGCUGGCAGUGAGGAGGGAAGAGAGUGACCUGGUGAUAGACUAUUGUAAAUCGCCUCUGAUAGAUUCUUCCUAGACCGCAAUGAGUCAGCCACCGACGGGGGGCGCUGCCCCUGCCACAGCCGCAGCUUCUGCCGCCACAGCUGCCACUGAGGCUCGCUUGCACCCGGAGGGCAGCAGCAGAAAGCAGCAGCGUGCUCAGUCACCCGCUAGACCGAGAGACAAUUCGGUCCGACAGACCACCGCGGCCACCCGGUCCCCGGUAGGGGCUGGCACUAAACUCAAUUCUAUUCGACAGCAGCAGCUGCAGCAGCAGCAGCAGGGCAACAAGACCGGGAGCCGCACGGCGCCUCCGGCCAGCGCCCGAGGAAGCGGAGGAGGGGCGGAGAAGGCCGCGCCCCUGGCGCCCAAGGGGGCCGCGCCGGGAGCUGUCCAGUCCUUGGCUGGUGCUGAAGUGGCCCCCGUGGCGACCCUGGCCCCGGUGGGUGUCAGGAGGCCUGGCGCGUCGGAGGAGCCGCCCCGGGAGCUACAGCCCGCGUCCUCUAAACUCGGGGAACCCCCUCCUCUCGGAGAAGGAGGAGGAGGGGGUGGGGAAGGAGGAGGAGCCGGCAGCGGCUCUGGGGAAAGGGAGGGGGGCGCUCCGCAGCCGCCGCCGCCGCCCAGGGGCUGGCGAGGGAAAAGCGUACGCGCUCAGCCGAGGGGCGGCAGCGGCGCGGAGGGGGCCGCCCCCUCGCCAUCCACCUCCUCUGCGGGCAAAACCCCAGGCUCCGGCAGCAGAAACUCAGGGAUUGGCGUUGUGGGGCCUGGCAGCGGUGGCGGAGGGAGCUACUGGAAGGAAGGAUGUCUGCAGUCUGAGCUCAUCCAGUUCCAUCUCAAGAAAGAGCGGGCGGCGGCGGCGGCGGCCGCGGCUCAGAUGCACAGUAAGAACGGCGGCGGCGGCAGCAACCGCAGCUCUCCGGUCGCUGGCGCCCCUGCCAUUUGUGAGCCCCUCGCAGUCCCUCCCACCUCCCCAAUGGCGGCGGCAGCAGAGGGCCCCCAACAGGGCGCAGAGGGCAGCGCGAGCGGCGGCGGCGGCAUGCAGGCAGCGGCGCCCCCUUCGUCGCAGCCGCACCCGCAGCAGCUUCAGGAGCAGGAGGAAAUGCAGGAGGAGAUGGAGAAGCUGCGGGAGGAAAACGAGACUCUCAAGAACGAGAUCGAUGAACUGAGGACCGAGAUGGACGAGAUGAGGGACACUUUCUUCGAGGAGGAUGCCUGCCAACUGCAGGAAAUGCGCCACGAGUUGGAGAGAGCCAACAAAAACUGCCGGAUCCUGCAGUACCGCCUCCGCAAAGCCGAGCGCAAAAGGCUCCGCUACGCGCAGACCGGGGAGAUCGACGGGGAGCUGUUGCGCAGCCUGGAGCAGGACCUCAAGGUAGCAAAGGAUGUAUCUGUGAGACUUCACCAUGAAUUGGAAAAUGUGGAAGAAAAGCGAACAACAACAGAAGAUGAAAAUGAGAAACUGAGGCAACAGCUUAUAGAAGUUGAGAUAGCAAAGCAAGCUCUGCAGAAUGAACUGGAAAAAAUGAAGGAGCUAUCUUUAAAGAGAAGAGGAAGCAAAGAUUUGCCAAAAUCUGAAAAGAAGGCUCAACAGACUCCCACAGAGGAGGAUAAUGAAGAUCUGAAAUGCCAGCUGCAGUUCGUGAAGGAAGAAGCUGCUUUGAUGAGAAAGAAAAUGGCCAAGAUUGAUAAAGAAAAGGACAGAUUCGAACACGAGCUCCAGAAGUACAGAUCCUUUUAUGGGGAUCUGGACAGUCCUUUGCCUAAAGGAGAAGCCGGGGGGCCUCCCAGCACCAGAGAGGCUGAGCUCAAGCUGCGGCUGAGGCUGGUGGAGGAAGAAGCCAACAUCCUCGGCAGAAAAAUCGUCGAACUGGAGGUGGAGAACAGAGGCCUGAAGGCGGAACUGGAUGACCUGAAGGGCGACGACUUUAACGGCUCGGCCAACCCCCUCCUGCGGGAGCAGAGCGAAUCCCUGUCGGAGCUGCGGCAGCACCUGCAGCUGGUGGAAGACGAGACGGAGCUGCUGCGGAGGAACGUGGCCGACCUGGAGGAGCAGAACAAGCGCAUCACGGCGGAGCUCAACAAGUACAAGUACAAGUCGGGCGGCCACGAGAGCGCGCGGCACCACGACAGCGCCAAGACCGAGGCCCUGCAGGAGGAGCUGAAGGCGGCUCGCCUGCAGAUCAACGAGCUCAGCGGCAAGGUCAUGCAGCUGCAGUACGAGAACCGCGUGCUCAUGUCCAACAUGCAGCGCUACGACCUGGCCUCGCACCUGGGUAUCCGCGGCAGCCCCCGCGACAGCGACGCCGAGAGCGAUGCGGGCAAGAAGGAGAGCGACGACGACUCGCGGCCGCCACACCGCAAGCGCGAAGGGCCCAUCGGCGGCGAGAGCGACUCGGAGGAGGUGCGCAACAUCCGCUGCCUCACGCCCACCCGCUCCUUCUACCCCGCGCCCGGGCCCUGGCCCAAGAGCUUCUCAGACCGGCAGCAGAUGAAGGACAUCCGCUCGGAGGCCGAGCGCCUGGGCAAGACCAUCGACCGACUUAUCGCUGACACCAGCACCAUCAUCACCGAGGCGCGCAUCUACGUGGCCAAUGGGGACCUGUUCGGACUGAUGGACGAGGAGGACGACGGCAGCCGCAUCCGCGAGCACGAGCUGCUCUACCGCAUCAACGCGCAGAUGAAGGCCUUCCGCAAGGAGCUGCAGACCUUCAUCGACCGCCUCGAGGUGCCCAAGUCCACGGACGACGCCGGCGCCGAGGAGCCCAUAUCCGUGAGUCAGAUGUUCCAGCCUAUCAUUUUACUUAUUCUCAUUCUUGUAUUAUUUUCAUCACUUUCUUACACAACAAUAUUUAAACUUGUCUUCCUUUUUACACUGUUUUUUGUACUGUAAAUCUCUCAUCAUUUACCAUUCAUUGUA